UGAAAAAAGAACAUCUUCGUACCGGAAGUUGAUGUCGCUAGCUUGGCACUAUUUGUUGCUUCGCUCACCGGGCAGCUCGUAACCGUAACUGGAGUUACACACCAUGGAAAACGGCCUGUUUGACAUUCCUGACUACGACAACAUAGAGGAUGAAUCUUUCCCUCCCCUCCCACCGCCUCACUCCCCGGGCCAGGGAGGGCAGGAGGACGGGAACCCUUUUGAAAAUGGGGACGAAGAUGGUGAUGUGUCCAAACUGGCGGAUGUCCCUGCUGCUAAGAGGAAAGGAGUGAAGAGGCCGCAACCCAAGCUGGACUCUCAGAGGCUGAGUUCAGAAAGAGGACUUCCAGCUCUGCGAACACUGUUUGAUAAUGUCCAUUUCAAAGGCAAAGGGCACGAGGCUCAGGAUUUGCGGCUGCUGAUGCACAAGAUGGAGAACUGGGCCCACAGGUUGUACCCCAAACUGCAGUUUGAAGAUUUUAUUGACAAAGUGGAGAGGCUCGGCAACAAGAAGGAAGUGCAGACCUGUCUCAAACGGAUACGGCUGGACAUGCCACUGACACACGAAGACUUUAUGGGCGGUGAAGAACAAGCAGCUCCUGAAGAGCAUGUCUUUGGGGAUCCGGAUCCGUUUAGCGGAGCAAACUUUAAUGACCUGCAAGCUCCGGUCCACUCCACCCCGGCUCCAGCUGCUCCACCGACUCCACCUUCCCCAGCUGCUCCCUCCCCCGCUCCCCCCUCCCUGACCGAGGAGCAGCGUAGCCGCAUGGAGCUGAACAGACAGCGGGCUCUGGAGAAGAGGCUCGCCCGCCAGCAGCAGCAGCAAACAGGUCCUUCAGACUCCCAGACUGCUGACUCGUCCACAUCAGCAGAUGAACGCACAUCUGUCUCCUCUGCAAACAUCCUCAACAGUUCUAAAGAUCAGGAUGUACAGGUGGAGGAUUUCGACCUGGAGCCAGCCAGCAGCAGCACACAACAACAACAACAACAACAACAAGCCAUCCAGCUUCCCCACCCAGACUCUGAGCCUCCUGCUGAAUCCCCUCAGUGUGAGAAAGAGGAAGAAACCAGCCUCAGCCAGGUCCAUCAACCCAGCAACGAGUGUGAGCAGCGAGAUGAGUCCUCUCUGAGUGCCCUCUGAGUUUAGGAACGAAUCAAACCUGUGCAUAAAUGAUCUUGAAGUCUGUAAAGAGCAACUCGGUUCAAAUUCAGAAUGCCUGUUCCCAUCUGCAAUGUUAAGUUAUGUGCUUAUGUGCUUUUGCCGUUGAUAGGCUCAGAUUAUUAUUCUAAGUGUAUGACAACAUUAUGGAAAGGGUUCACAGAGAUAGACCUUUUUGUUGAAGACUAAGAUCCUUUUUGUAUAACAUGAAACUUGAAAUCGUUAUCGCUAACUAACCAGACUCGAUUUAAAUAAACAGUAAUUUUUUUAAUCGUAAAGCACAAUUCAUUCUAAGUCGAAAGAAACAAAAUAAAACUAUCAAAAGUCGUCUUUCUACGGUUCCAAUAGUCACCUCUGUGGUUUGGUUGAAAUAAACGCAUAAUUCACCCAUUUACAUGUGGAAAUAUGCUGGCUCUAUACACGCUAAAAGUACUGAUUAUUUACAUGAAGUCUGGUGGGUUGGCAAUAGCAAUUUGUUGUCAUGCCAGCAGCAAAAAAAUGAAACCGAGUUUUUCAGAUUUUACCAUCUAUUGUCAGGAUUUUAUUCAGGGGCAGGGUUAUCCUGAACUGUACUACAUGUUAACCUGUAAAUGAUCUUAUGACCCUUAAUGUCAGUAACAUGCCUGCAGUUAUCGUUCAUGUAGUCAACGUAUCAGUGCAGCGUGGAAGUCACUGCAGUAACAAUAAAACAUGUCUUUGUGUAAAACUGACCUGAGCUGUUCUCGUCAAAGUUUAUCAUUUAUGAAUCGGGGCGAAGGUAGUACCGUUUGUUUUUUGUUUGUUUUUUAAAUGCCUUACAAUAAACAUUUCCUUGAAAAUUGAA